CUCUUAUCUUAUCACUAAUGAUUAUUGAUAUAGCUCAUCCUUUUCAAUUUCACUCGUAUUUCACUGCAAAUUUUUAAAUUUCACACAAUUCUUACAAAAAUAUAGGUGGACAGAUGAAAUUUAGUUUGUGUUUUCGAGCCUUGCUAGGGCCUCCGGAAAAUUUUCGAAUUUUCCUGCGUUGAAAAGAAAAGAUUCUGGAUUUCAUUUCAGCCCUUAUGACAUUUUUUUCAGUACCGCAAAAUCAUCACCCUCAACUUGAAAAAAAAAAAAUCGUAUUAUUGAGUGAACGAAGUGGGUCGAACGCGGUUUCUUAGUGAAGGAAAAUUAAAUGUGUGAAAAAUGGAAUCAAAAAAAGAUGUAAAUGUUUGGAAGCUAGAGGUUCCAAUCGAAAUAGUCAAUCUACUGAAUAAAAAAUCAGCGAGUGAGGAUGAAUGGUCCAAAGCCACUGCAGAAUUUUAUAAAUAUGUCGGUCAAGUUGAAUAUUUAACUGCUGCAAGAAACCAACUUUUUAAAAGUAAUUGGGAAAUUAUCGGUGAAAAAUCAGCAAGCGACUAUGAAAAAAAACAGCUAGAACAGAAGUUGUGUCAAAGUUGGGCGAUCGUGUUCCUGCGAUCUAUGCUAGAAGACAUUUUGUUCGAGAUGGAAGCGCUGGUUAGCUUUCCGGAUAAAAACGAAAUGAUAUCUCAAUUAAAAAAGAAGGGAAAGUACGUGAGUGGAGCACACUCCACGUACAAUUUUAACAACAUGGCGUCGAUACACUUCGUUAAGUGGUUAUACCUUCUCACCUUUUCCGACGUCCCAUUAGCCAGAGAAAUCAAAAAGUUACUUAACGAUGAAAAAGUACCCAUCGAGCAUUUCUGUAUUCUUGUCGGAUUGAUUUUUACAAAAACGAGCGCAAAGAUACAUUGUCCGUCCUUACCGCGUUCUCCGAGUACUGAAGAUAUUCGAAAAGGUCUCUUCCAAAACGGGGUGAGAGAUGAACGACUAUUGAAUGCUGCGAGUAUAAUUCCUAAGAUCCAAGAUAUUCCACUAUCUCAACUCUAUGCUAUUGCAUCGACGACUCCCUCCACUUCUAUUAAACAAGGAUCUGGUGCAAGCUCCACAGCAACUGCUGCAAAUUCUACUAGUCCAUUCUCCGAUACUUCAUCUAGUAUUAUAUCAGAACCGUUUUCAGUGACGAAUUCACCGCCGCCAUCAACAACAACACCGACACCUCAUAGAACACCGCAAAUACCGCCGCCGCCAUCACUACCACCACCAAGAGAAAGAGCACCACAGCUGCCACGACAUCAAGCAAACUCAAGAUCCUCAACUUUUUGGUCUCAGACUCAGUUUUAUCCGAUCCAGCAAGGCCUUAAGCAGUAUCCUAAUUCCAAUAGAGGCGCUCGGAACUUACCCUACAGUUUCCAUAGGCAGCCGUUUCCUUCAAGACCAUCGCAUCUGACGAACCUCAGAGGAAGUUCUUACUGGCCAUAAUAAUUUUUUACUACUGAUACGAAAAGAAAAGGGAAAGAAACGGUCAAUUGAUUGAAUCGAUAUGGCGACAGAUCAGCGUUGGAUUGGAUACUAAUUCGAAUGUUAGCGCUUGGUACCCUGGUUGAAUUUUGCUAAGAAAAUUCACAAUAAUUGUUGGUGAAUGUCUUCUUCUAUUUAAUUUUUCGUUUUAAAUUUUUUUCAUUAGUAAUCAACUUGAGAACUAAUUAUCCUUGUUGUAUAUUUUUUUGACUUCAGUAAGAAAAUUUUGGUAAUCGAAAAAAAAGAAUCUACUCGUAUGUUCAAUUUGAACUUGUACAUACAUUUGUUUUACUUUUGGCAAGUGCUCCUUUUUUCUUCAGUUGAUGAACUAAAUAAUGUAUUUGUCGUAAUUUGCAAAAUACUGGAAUAUAUCUUGAAAUUUUAUUUUUAA